AUGCGCCGCGACCAGUCAGCCCUCUUCAUAGACCAGGCUGACCGCCGCGCCGAGCGCGCCGGGGACCAGCGCGAUCAGGAAGGCGAGGACCGCGUCCGUCCAGAGUUGCACGACAUCGCGCACGCAGUUGGCGGGCAGGGGUGUCGGGAGGAUGACGGGGUUCCGAUCGGCAGGACGGGCCCCAGCCCUCGGCCGCCGGAUUGGCCUGAAGCACGGCGGGAGAUCGUCGGGACCGAGGGCCGCGUUCGCGCCAGAUCAGCGCGUCGAGCGUGUCGCCGGCGCGGGCGCGAACCGUGUCCAUCAGAUCAGUUCGACGGUCAUGCGACCGACGCCGAGGAUCUCGCGCACCGCAUGGACCGAAUCGCGGCGCAACUCGGCGACGGUCGGGUCGAGCUGAUCGGCGGAACGUUCACCGCGACCAGUCAGGUCGACAUCGACGAAGCGCUCGACGAUCUCCGCCUUGGCGGCGGUGAAGACGGCGCGGCGAUAGAGUGCGGUCAGCUCCGACACGCCGUCGACCUUGUCAGCGGGAACCGGGUCGAGCGUCGCGAAGCCCGCGCGACCUCGUCCGUGCGCCAGUCCUUCAGGUCGCGACCGACGCGGAUGAUCGCGAUGACCAGCGCCUGGCGGACGCGGGCGUCGGUGAUCGCGUUCGCGUCGACGCGCUCCGCCGGUAUCGAUCGGCGCGGGCGCCGUCACGACGGGGCGGGAUCGCCGCAGAACGGUGGGGAUAAGGUCGCGGUCAUGCGCCGGCGCCGAUGGCGCAGACCGCCAGCGCGGAUCCGGCGAUGGUCAGGGGUGAUCCCGAUCGCGAAGAGCGCCCGGCAGCCCGCAGCGGGCGGGAGGGCGGUGAUCGCCGGCAAGCCGAUGCUGGCGGGAUCGAGCCGGCAGGCCAGCGCCAGCGCGCGCCGGCAAAGGCCGCCCAUGCUCCCGGCCACUGCAAAUCGCGGCGAUGAGGAUCAGGGCGGCCCGAAGCCCCCUCCGCCGCGCGCCGCCCCCCCGGCGCCGGGGGCGAGCGGGUCAGCGACGCGAGCGGUAGCUCGGUCGAUAAGUGGUGGUCGUGCGCGUGAUGCUGCGACCGCCGAAAAGGCUGUUGCGGGUGGUCGUGGUCACCGUCUUGCGCGCAGCGGGCCGUGGUAG